GCCCACAACUUAAUUGCCGACUACUUCUCAAACUCCCAACCAAAUAUAUCCAAUCCGCGGCUUUAACUAGGGUUAAUAUUUGACCCUCGUGUUUGGAUUUUACUUAACCACGGUUAUGAUAUUUUCUCGUGCGGUUUGUGGGAUUGGGAUUUAGGGGAAGACGAAGAGCGGCAGAGGAAAAAGAAAAAAAAAAAGGUAAAAGAGAAAAAGGAAAACCCAUUUCACCUCCGCUCUCUGUAUUUGAGUUUCUUCUUCGUUUUGCAUUUUCAUUUUCUCCACUUCAUCCGUCCUGGAAAACAGAGAAACGAAAGGAAAGGAAAGGAAAGUGGGGAUUCUGCUUAUAUUGGUUUCGUUAUUUGUCGCGUGAAAUAACUGCUUGUUUGUUUUCCAAGAAAGAAAAAUCUUUUCCUCAAUUGAGGCUGUCGCUUUCCUGGGAAUGUUUAUAGCCCUCCGAGACUCUUCCCUUAUCUUGCCAUCUUCUUUUCAGCACAUUUCGCAUGCCCAGUACCGGUCGGUUCUCUAUCUCUCUUAUAUUUCCUGGGUUUUUGGGUGAUUGAUUUUGGGAUUCGUAUCUGUUUUCGUGGGGUUUUGUUAGAUUUUUUUGUUUUGUUUUUUAAUCUGUGGGAUCUAGAGAAUGUUCUGGCGACGGUGUUGUUGAUAGAGGGAUAAUCUUGUGUGGGUAUCUGAUAAUGGUUUGAGGAGUUCUCAAGCUUUUCUGACUGAGAUUUGAUCUGGGUUUUGCAAUUUAGAAGCCUGUGUGUUGUGGGUGUGUUUCUAUUCUUAGUUUUGGGGGUUUAGAGAUGAAGAUUGAGAACGGGUUGCGGAGUGUGGGUGGGAAGGAUGAGGAUAAGACAGUGGUUGCUGCCGUUCUGGGGACUCGAGCUUUUAAUUACUUGAUGUCUUGCUCUGUUUCGAACGAGAAUCUGUUUAUGGCUGUGAGGAAUGAUGAGAAUUUGCAGAACAAGCUCUCGGAUCUGGUGGAAAGGCCUAACGCCUCCAAUUUCAGCUGGAACUAUGCAAUUUUCUGGCAACUUUCCCAUUCAAAAUCUGGUGAAUGGGUUUUGGGAUGGGGGGAUGGAUCGUGUAGGGACCCCAGGGAUGGAGAGGAAACAGAGGCUACGCAAAUUCUUAGUCUUCGGCUCGAAGACGACAGCCAGCAGAGGAUGAAGAAAAGGGCUCUGCAGAAGCUUCACAUGCUGUUUGGAGGCUCUGAUGAGGAUAAUUAUGCUCUUGGAUUGGACAGGGUUACUGACACUGAAAUGUUUUUUCUUGCUUCCAUGUAUUUCUCCUUCCCUCGUGGAGAGGGGGGCCCUGGAAAGUGUCUUGCGUCUGGGAAACAUAUCUGGCUUUUGGAUGUGCUCAAUUCGCCGGCUGAGUAUUGCGUGAGAUCGUAUCUCGCUAAAUCUGCAGGAAUUCGGACGGUUGUUCUGGUACCAACUGAUGUUGGAGUAGUUGAAUUGGGUUCUGUGAGAUCCGUGAGUGAGAGCUUAGAAUUAGUGCAGUUCAUUAGAUCAUUGUUUUCAUCUCAAAAUUCUCUUGAUAGAGUGAGGUCAUCUGCUCCGAUGUCGAUGAUGGCUGAAAGAAAAGAUGAAAACACCCCGUUUGUGAGUCCAGGGAUUGCAGAAAGAGCAGAAGGGGGGAUUCCUAAGGUUUUUGGGCAGAGUUUGAACUUGGGGAGCAUGGGUAGAUCUCAUUUCAGAGAGAAACUGGCGAUUAGGAAGAUGGAUGAGAGGUCAUGGGAAGCUUGUGCUAAUGGAGGUAGAAUUCAGUUUCAAAGCCCCCGAAAUGGCAUUCACAGCCCGAGUUUAGCACAUGUUCAUAGUCUCAAACAGGGGAAUCCGACAGAAAUUUAUGGUUCUCCAACUCCACCAGCAAAUAAUAAUCACGAGCAGCAGCUCGUCAAUGGAGUCAGAGAUGAUUUUUGUCGUAAUCCGUAUCAAUCACAGAAGCUGGUCCAGAUGCAAAUUGAUUUUUCUGUGGCAACAUCAAGGCCUUCUGUGGUCACCCGUGUAGGUGGAGAUUCGGAGCAUUCAGACGUAGAGCCUCAAUGCAAAGAAGAGGGGCUUGGCACUGAUGAAAGACGACCACGCAAGCGAGGCAGAAAGCCUGCCAAUGGUAGGGAGGAGCCACUAAAUCACGUGGAGGCGGAGAGACAGCGCCGUGAGAAGUUGAACCAGCGGUUCUAUGCUUUACGAGCUGUCGUGCCCAAUAUCUCCAAGAUGGACAAAGCUUCACUGCUUGGUGAUGCCAUUGCUUACAUUAAUGAGCUUCAAGCAAAAGUCAAGGCCAUGGAAUUCGAACGCGAGAAAUCUGGUAUCACCUCAAGUGAUGCAACCCCUUCGGAGGUGAACCCAGAAAUAGAAAAUAAAGAUCUAUACCCUGAUGUCGACGUCGACGUUGAAGCUUCCCAUGAUGGAGUCAUCGUGAAGGUCAGCUGCCCGUUGGAAUCACACCCUGCAUCAAGAGUUAUCAAGGCAAUGAAAGAUGCUCAGAUCAAUGUUGUUGAUUCAAAACUUUCUGAAGAAAAUGACACAGUUUUGCACACAUUUAUCAUCAAAUCUCCAGGAUCCGAGCAACUGACGAAGGAACAGUUGAUAGCUGCGUUUUCGCGGGACUCCAAUCCAUUACAUGCUCUAUCAACAGUUGGGUAGCACAAGUACUACAAUAACAUAGUGCAUACAUAGGUUGGUUAGUAUGUAGUGAAGAGCCCAACUGAAAGCUUCUUCAGAAGUUUUGAUUUACAGCAGGUAUUCUUACAGGAAUUACACUUCCAGUGAGAAGUAGGCAAAUAACUAUUUAUUGUUAACCAAGUAGGAGAGCAGAAUUUAUGUUGUUUAUAGUACACAUUGUUACUAUUAUUAUUACUAUUCUGUCAUAAUGAAGUAUUCUUGCAAGAUGAACUAGAUCUGUAAGGUAGGAAGUUUUUUCUUUUGGGUCUAGUCAGUCAAGUGUUCUUAUUGGUUUAUUAAGAAGCUCCUAAAUUGUUCAUGUUCUUUUUAAUGUCAGCUCAUCACAAUUCUUUUGUUCUUUA